CUAGCCACUGCUACAGGAUACUGUUGAAUAAUUUCGAAGAUUUUUUUUUUUUUUGAAAAAUAAUUGGGCUCAGAGAUCGUUACUAAAGCUUGUCAAAAGCCCAGCUGAGCCCAAUUCCUUACAAAUUUCUCACCGUUUUGCCCUAGUUUUUCUUCAUUUUCCAUUCACUUUCUCGAGAUUCUCUCAGAGCAUUGUCUCUGUUCGCAAAAGGCCAGAGAAUAUGCUUGAUUUUCAGCUUUAACUUAGCCGGUUUGAUCUUUUUCUCUUCAUACUCUUUUAUUUUUCAUCUUGUGCUGUGCAGCAGAAAGUUCCGGUCAUGCUCGGCGGUGGAGGAGGCGGCUGAAUUUCUGGCUUUUUCGUCGUGGUUGGCGUUGCGGGUCAGGAAGAGGGAAGUUUAAGGUCGUCCAGAGAGCGUCGGAUAAGAAGUGGAGAGCCCAGGUGAGGCCCACUCAUUAUUGGUUUAUUUAUUUAUUGGGUUGGGGUGGGGCCCAACAACAAUAAACGUUGUCGUCAUCAUCUUGGAUUUGGGCCCAUUAACCCGUGUAAUGAAAAUUUUGGGAGCUCGAAUCGGAAUGUGUGUUCGGAGCAUCACUGUACCUGCUAAAGGAAGUUGGCGGGAACAAUUGGCGCCAUCAUUUUGGAAUGACCGUAAAUCUCGGGAUUUUUUCUAUAUAUCCCCAAACCCUCGCAUCCCCAACCGUUCAAAACUGUUUGUCUUGAAUGCCGAUUAUCUUCCCGUCACAAGGUUCUCAGCAAUGGCACAAGCGGAGAUCGGAAAUGGCAGUCCCGAAGUCGAAGAGCCGUCGCCGAAGAUCCAGAAACUUCACCAGAACGGUGCUCACGAAGCUCCCCAAAGUUCAGUCCCGCUCUUGAAAGUGAAGAAGCUCUCGGAGAAGGCCGUUCUUCCAUCCAGAGCCUCUCCUCUUUCUGCAGGAUAUGAUCUUUCAAGUGCGACGGAUGCCAAGGUGCCGGCUAGAGGAAAAGCACUCGUCCCCACUGAUCUCAGUAUCUCAAUUCCUGAAGGAACCUAUGCUCGCGUUGCGCCAAGGUCUGGUUUGGCUUGGAAGCAUUCAAUUGAUGUGGGUGCGGGAGUGAUUGAUGCUGAUUACCGAGGACCUGUUGGGGUUAUACUGUUUAACCAUUCAGAUGUUGAUUUUGAGGUCAAAGCAGGUGACAGAAUUGCACAGCUGAUUAUCGAGAAGAUCAUGACUCCUGAUGUUGUUGAAGUUGAGGAUUUGGAUUCUACUGUUAGAGGUGCCGGCGGGUUUGGAUCUACCGGCAUCUGAUGCCAUCCAUAUUCUUGUAAUCAUAUGCGAGGAAUUAGGGUUUAGAGCUAUUAAUGUAUAGAGGGAAGGGCCUGUUGGGUUGGGUAGUUAUUAAUGCCUCCACUUUGCUUGCGAGUACUUAAGAUUUUGGACCGUAAAACAACCAUUUCACCAUUCAAUCUUUGUUCUAGGCCAGCACUGGUUUACUGCUUCACAUAAUCUUUAAUCUUAUGUUUCAUGGUUUUUGUAGAUGCACCUCAAUAAUGCAGCACAAAUGCUGUAUGUAUGACAAUAACGAACAUCAAAAUCAAGACACCAUGGCAUAAAAAUGUCAACAGUGGACGUCCU